GUUAUGACGUAUACGAAUAGCUAACGCUUUGCGCAGUUCUGUUCAGUACCUCACAGCAAACGGUCCACACUUGCAACUCAGCAUGAAGGUUUUUGCAGUCUUUGCCCUGUUGGCGGUUGUCUCCGCGCGGCCAGAGAAGAACAACAUGAACGGCGGCACGGGCGGCACUAUGACGGGAGGGAUGACGUAUGAUGGCUGUAUCCACAACGGCAAUACCUACAACGUCGGAGACACGUUUGAGGACGGGUGCUACCUGUGCGAGUGUCGUGGGGAGGGUACCGGCUUCGUCGCCUGCCAAAGCAAACCGUGUCCCCCGAUGACCUACCAGCCCGGUUGUACCCCCGUGCAGGUCGGCUGCUGUUACGAGAUGCAGUGUGGUACCGGUACGGGAACCGGAACGGGUACAGCCACCCAGAUGCCGGUAGCUGUAGAUGUCUGCCAGGCUAACGGUCAGACGUACCAGAUCGGUCAGCAGUGGUAUAUGACUAACGGGGGCUACAUGCUCAUCUGUACCUGCGAGGGCAAUGGUACCGGAUACUAUUCCUGCGCACCCUCCAACAACCCUGCUAACGAGCGGUGUGUGUACGAGGGCCAGUCCUACACCGUGGGCCAGACCUGGCAGAUCCAGUACCAGGGCUUCACCCUCACCUGCACAUGCGUGGGAGAGGGCACUGGCAGGGUCACCUGCGGAUAAACAGGGGGCAAAGGCCAACACGCCAUGUUAAUGACGUCAUGGCAUGAUCCUGUCUUUUUCUGUGCUCAGCACCCAAUCAACAUGACUCUUUCCGUUUAAUCUGCUUCCUUUCUGCUUUUUUUCUGGUCAGUUCUUACCAUUUCUUUAAUAAUUAUUUUUCCAUCUCCCAGAUCUUUUGUUUCAUCUCAUUCUUUCCUUCUAUUUCUCAUUUUUCUUCCACUCUCUUUUAAGUUCUUUCCUUUUUUCUUUAUAAUUUCUGCCCUACUUUCACCUUUUUCUAGUUAGAUCACCAUCGAAUCCUCUCUCUAAACUCAUCUUCUUCAAAAUAAAGUGCAAGACAAUG